AUGCUGUUCUGGCUGUACCUUUUGCCGCUGCUGGCUCGAGGAACGCCUGCUCCCUGCUUCGCCGACUGGGCCCAAGCUCAUGGCAAGACCUACGAGACCGAGGAGGUGGCGAAGGUCCGGGCGGAGGUGUUCCGAGCCAAUGUUGCUCGAGUGCGGGAGCUCAACGAGCUGGAUCCUGGCGUGACCUACAGCAUCGCCGGGCCCUUCGCCGACCUGGAGCCGCAGGAGUUUGCUGCACGGCUGAUGUCGAAGCGCACCGCGCCAGAUGUUGCUGCAGAGUCCCUGCUGAUCGCCCCACGUCUUUCGGAUAGCUUCGACUGGACUGACAAAGGCGCUGUUGGCCCAGUGCGAGACCAGAAGGCGCUGGGGUCAUGCUGGGCUGUGUCCACUGCUGAGGCAGUGGAAGGCCAGGUGGCGGUCACCACUGGCAAGCUCGUGCCGUUGUCACCAGAGCAGUUGGUCGAGUGCGACGCCAGUACGGAUUCAUCUUGUGGCGGAGGCAAGGGGUGUGCUGAUUGCGGCAUGUUUGGGGGCUGGCCCUACCUUGCCUACCAGUACCUUGAGAAAGCUGGCGGCAUGUUCAGUGAAGCAGACUGGCCUUAUUGGGCGACUGGCAUGUACCCUUGCAUGCCGCAAGGCUACAGCAAACCUCUCUGUGGCAACCACGACGACCUCUUCUGCAAGGCCAACUCCACGAAAGGUCAGGGCCCGCUGCACCUCUGUCACGCCUCCCACGGCUUUGCCGUGCGCGUGACCGGUUGGAGGGCGCUCAGCCGCAACGAGACUGAAUUGGCAAUGCAGAUGGUGCAGUAUGGGCCGCUGUCCGUGCUCAUUGAAGCAGACAGCUUGCAGUUCUAUCACUCCGGCAUUUGGCGAGGUGGCGUUUUUGGUUGUCAGCCGGAUCCAGGAUCAGGCAUUCUGGGUUUGGACCAUGCAGUGCUGCUGGUCGGCUACGGUCAGGACCGUGACAUCUUGGGGAAGACGAAGCCCUACUGGAGGCUCAAGAACUCCUGGGGCACCUCAUGGGGCGAAAAAGGCUUCUUCCGCUUGGAGCGGGGAACCGGGCGCUGUGGUGUGAACCUUGCAGCCACGACGGCACGUGUGGCCGAGACGCCGCUGGUUGUCUGA